GCUGGGAGAACGUGAACGAGUACGUCGCCGUCAGUGCACGCCUCCGGCCGCUGCGGGCGCGUUCUCCGAACUUUUCGUUUACGCCGUUCGCGAGCUAGGGGGCUGCGUCGCGCGCUCCUGUGACUCUUCGGGUGUCGUGAACAAAAGCUACCGCUGUGAUAGCGCGUCUUACCUGUGAGAGGACGAGAGCUGAUGAGCGGCCGGACAUCUGCCAGGAGCCGCGGUGGCAAUGGAUUUGCGGCGAGAGUAGCAGCCGAGAAGAGCGAGUUCUGCGUGGGGGGCGAAGGCACGACAGGGCACCCAUAAUUUCCCCCUCUACGCUACGGGUGCUUCUCUAUUGGUGUUAUUUCCGAGGGCGAGAGACACGCCGCCAUGAUGUUUCUAUCCAGCAGAGAGUGACUUGGUUUCGAAAAAUCAAAAAUUUCACGCGGAAGCUGCUGCCCUUUCGGAGGUAAAAGGGAGCCCGACUCUCGGCUGUACUGUCGGCGACAUGGCGGAACAGAGCUACUCCUGGGCGUACUCCCUUGUGGACUCGAGCCAGGUGUCCACCUUCCUCAUUUCCAUCCUCCUCAUUGUCUAUGGCAGCUUCAGGUCACUGAACAUGGACUUUGAGAAUCAGGAAAAAGACAAAGAUGGAAAUUCUUCAACAUCCAGCACCUUCAACAACAACAACCCCAACAACAGUAUUCAGACCAUCGACUCCACGCAAGCUCUGUUCCUGCCCAUUGGGGCCUCUGUAUCCCUCCUUGUAAUGUUCUUCUUCUUUGACUCGGUCCAAGUGGUGUUCACAAUAUGUACAGCAGUUCUUGCCACUAUAGCAUUUGCCUUCCUGUUAUUGCCCAUGUGCCAGUAUCUGACCAGGCCGUGCUCUCCACAGAACAAGAUCUCCUUUGGGUGUUGUGGCCGCUUCACCCUAGCUGAGUUGCUGUCCUUCUCCCUCUCGGUCAUGUUGGUGCUGAUCUGGGUUCUAACAGGUCACUGGCUGCUUAUGGAUGCUCUGGCCAUGGGGCUCUGUGUGGCCAUGAUUGCCUUUGUGCGAUUGCCCAGCCUCAAGGUUUCCUGCCUGCUGCUCUCUGGUCUGCUUAUCUACGAUGUCUUCUGGGUUUUUUUCUCAGCCUACAUCUUCAACAGCAAUGUGAUGGUUAAGGUUGCUACACAGCCAGCAGACAACCCCCUGGAUGUGCUGUCACGCAAGCUACACUUAGGUCCCAGCAUGGGUCGAGAUGUUCCCCGCCUCUCCUUGCCUGGCAAGCUGGUCUUCCCUAGUUCCACAGGCAGCCACUUUUCCAUGUUGGGUAUCGGGGACAUAGUGAUGCCAGGGCUGCUCCUGUGCUUCGUACUGCGCUAUGACAACUACAAGAAGCAGGCCACUGGUGAGGCAGUUGGCCCAGGGAACAUGUCCGGCCGCAUGCAGCGGGUCUCUUACUUCCACUGCACCCUCAUUGGAUACUUUGUUGGCCUGCUGACUGCAACGGUGGCCUCUAGGAUUCACCGUGCUGCGCAGCCUGCAUUGCUGUACCUUGUCCCCUUCACCCUUCUGCCGUUGCUCACCAUGGCUUAUCUGAAGGGAGAUCUACGACGCAUGUGGUCAGAGCCCUUUCAUGCCAAGGCCAGUAGCUCACGCUUCCUGGAAGUAUGAUGGAUUCCUGACAGCAGAUGGGCACCCUAGGGGAGGGCCCAACCCCCCUAGACUGCUGAGAGAGCAAGAGAGAUUUCAUGGGGGGGUUUCUGGUGCAACCCACCCAUCCACUGUGUGGUUUCAGCUGCAGACAGAUCCAAAACACAGAGCGCACCUACAGAGAGAGUGUGCUUUUGUGCCCCCCUCACUUCAGAUUCUCUCCCUCCACAGUCAUGUCAGACCCAUUAUUUCAACAUCUCUCCUAUUUCCCACCAUUCUCACUUACCCUGUGGAUGCUUGUGGGGGCAUGGCAGUGGCUUCUGGAAUUCAUCUGUCUGCUGUUUUUUAAAUAAAUUUUAUCAUGGACAUGGAAAAGGAGCAUUGCGGAGAAAUAACAUGGAGUGGACCUCCAGCAGCCUUGACAAACCGUAGCACAACAGUAACUGGGGCCAGCGGGCAGUUUUCACAAAAAUCAAGCCACCAUACAGUUAGCAUUGGACAGCCACCUUCCAGUCUAUCCGUCUCUCCCUCCAUCCCCUUCUCUCCACAGUUCUUUCCUCUUUCCAGUUUCACUUUCAUUCUUGUUUUUGCUCUCCUUGUCUGGAUGUAACCCUUUUCACUAACAGCUUAUGCAGAAGUUUUUUUU